UAACAGCGUCACUGUUUGCCCGCCAUUCUCUCGGCGCCAUCUUGAAGUGAAGUGAACUUGAGCAUAUGAUCAUUGUUUGUUAGCUCUCUGUUUAAAUUAUAUUUAAAUAACAUCACGUUAUUCAUUUUUACUAAAAACUGACUUAUUUCGCUUAUUAUCUACUCAAGUGAAUAAUGGCACGUACCAAGCAGACCGCGCGUAAAUCGACGGGAGGUAAAGCUCCCCGUAAACAAUUGGCCACAAAAGCAGCGCGAAAAUCGGCCCCCAGCACUGGUGGAGUCAAGAAGCCCCAUCGUUAUCGUCCUGGUACCGUAGCGCUCAGAGAAAUUCGUCGUUACCAGAAAUCUACUGAGUUGCUCAUCCGUAAGCUGCCUUUCCAGCGUUUGGUGAGAGAAAUUGCCCAGGAUUUCAAAACUGAUCUUCGUUUCCAGUCUGCUGCUAUUGGCGCUCUGCAGGAAGCAAGUGAGGCAUAUCUUGUGGGCCUCUUUGAAGACACCAACUUGUGUGCUAUCCAUGCCAAGCGUGUAACCAUCAUGCCCAAAGACAUUCAGCUUGCCAGACGAAUCCGUGGAGAACGUGCUUAAUUUAGGUUUAUUUGGAACAUUAAUCUUAAAUUAUUUGUAAUUCGAAUAGACAUAAAUUCUAUAUCAUUUUUUUUUCAUCUCACAUUUAACUCAAAGAAAUCUUAAAAUUAAUAAUUAAUCAUUAGAGUAAGGCGGUAUCCGAACUGAUUUCUUUUAUAUGUUCUUAUUUGGUAAGUUACGCUAGUUAUGUUGCACGUACAAGGUAAUACUAAGCUAGAACUGUCAUCAUCUUUCAAUCUUUACAUGCCAGAUCAUCGGUUAUUGUUUCGUAUUAUAACAUGAAUACUAUGUUAGUGACACAUCUUGUACAACAACUUUAAUUUAAUAUUGUUAGUGACUUGUGGUAUGUCUAGGUAUAGUGUAAUAGGCAAUAUAUGUAACCACAUAUGAAUGAAGCCCAUGUAUGGAGUAAAUUGAUGCACUACAUGUACUAAGAUAAUUUGGUGUUAAUAAAUAUAAAUUAGAAUUAACUUUA